AUGUGCGGCCCUACUGAAGCGUCCGGCAUCCAUCUAACCGUACCGAUCACAGAAGGAGACAUCAAGUCCUUCGAUCUCGUCAAGUAUCAUGAAGCUGCAAAGGAGCAUGAGACCAGCGAAGAGAAAGAUGAGUUCUUGACUCAGCUUCUUUCGACCAAAGGGGGACGCGCAUGGGUCGCCGAGAAGGUUACCGCGACCCUCGUCCCUGCAGUGUUCGGCUAUGCAAAGAAGCAAGAACAUGUCAAGGCCACAGUCGCUUGUGCGCUUUUCUGGAUGAAGGUCACUGUCGAAGCGAAUGGCUCUAUGGGAGUUCAAACUGGACAUUCCCAGCUUGGAGGUCUCUUCAGCGCAGGAGGCGGAGUCUACUGGGGCACGCUGUUCUUCGACAACUCCGAUGAUAUCAACAACGCUACAAGCACAAUGGUCGUUGGCCUCGGACCAUCCAUCACUGUGACCUUCUUCCGUCCUAACGGACAUGCGGUCGGCGUGUACCAAGGUGGUGGUGUCAGCACCUGUUCUGGAACUGGUGGCAGCACUUGGUCGCUUGGACCUUGA